AUGUGUCCCUAUCAUCUAUCAAAACUUCGAACUUUGAACAAACUGGGCAACCUCUACGCACGUCAGAGAAACCUGCAAAUGGCGGACGAGAUGUACAUUAGGGCAUUAGCCGCAAAGGAGGAAUAUUUUGGCCGUAAAGAAGGCUCUACCCUUGACACUGUCAAUAAUCUUGCAAGCUUGUAUGCCUUCCAACAAAGACUCGACGAAGCAACCAAUGUCUAUUAUGGCCAAGGCAGGCACAUUGAGGCAAGCUUGAUAUACCAGCAUGAACUAUACGGCAGGGAGAAAGUGCUGAUGCGUCUGGAGACACCAGCUGCACAGAGAACUUUGAUUGGUCCUGACAAUCAUCACCGAGUCCGUCAGAGGAUGAAGACUCAGCCAUCGCCUCUGAAACUUCUGACCAAAAUAGUUCUAUUUUAUCAUCCUCGGGCUCUUGCAAAGCAGAGAACGCCCGACUUCACGACCUGA